CCGACGCCCACCCGCCAUUCUAUUUCCGGUUCCGAGCGAGCGACCCUCCUGAGGACGGUGGCGAUGGCGUUGCUCGGCGGGGCCUCGCGGCGGCUGGGGGCCGGAGCGGGCUGGAAGCGGGCUCUGACGACCGAGGCGGCGCCGGAGAAGCACCACGGGAGCGAUCGUUUAUGGAAAAUCUUGUCUUUUGUGGUUGCUCUUCCUUCCGUUGCUAUCUGCCAGCUAAAUUGCUACCUGAAGAAAGAUGAUCAUCAUGAAAGGCCAGAAUUUAUUCCUUACAAGCAUCUUUACAUCCGGACCAAGCCCUUCCCUUGGGGUGAUGGGAAUCAUUCUCUUUUCCAUAAUCCACAUGUCAAUGCACUUCCAACUGGCUAUGAAGAGUGACCAUUAGGCAAGUGAAUCACAGCCACAACAUGGACCAUUAAAGGUAGCUGGACCAGAAUCGAGGCUGGGACCAGAAUCUGCAUUUCCUGUGUUGAUUCUGACUUCUCACAGUUGAUGUUCUUCCUGUAGAAGUCUCCUAAAAUAAAAUGUAUUCUAGCCAAAUCUUUGAUUUUUU